AAAUAAAAUACAUAAUACUAGUAGAAAAUCAGAGUAGGUUUCGAGUACACGAGGAAAGACUUUUUCAUGUAUUAGAUGAAAUAAUAGAGAUAAACCUUUAGGUUGAUCGCGAGAGUCUUGAACUCAGCUAACUUUGCAUCGUUCCUCGUGACUUUUAUUUUGAAGGGUCCCUGUGGUUCUCUGUAUAGUUACUAGCUACUUGCGGCUAUCCCAGAAACAUAAUCAUGGCAGCGGAGAGCGAGUAAGUUUCUUGACAGCACGUCUCAGCAACAUUACGUGACACUCCGUUUAUUUGGUGUAUAUCUCUUAUCAUCAAAUUAACUCUGAGCUUUUAAUACAAUUAAAAGUCACAGCCGUUAUGGAGUUAGCUACCGUUAAUUGGCCUCUGUACGCUAGCGUGCUAGUGUUAGCUGAAUUGGUGUUGUUAAAUAUCUCAGAAUAGUUGUAACUGAUCUUUUAUGUGUGUUUUUGCUUUGCAGUGUGCUGUCGGAAAUCGAGGUGCUUCAGUCCAUCUAUCUGGACGAGCUGCUGGUCGACAGGAGAGAGGACGGGUGAGAGAGUUAGCUUCACAUUUCUCUCUCUCAUUAGCUUUGGCUCUGAGUUUCAUGUUUUAUAAUCCUGGACAGAUGUGAGGACUAGAUACAAGAGAGAAAACUCCGCAUUGAACCUGUUUGUACCCUAAAAUAACGCCCCGAAUUCUUCCUUUUAAAGAUUACCUUUAACCUUUACAUUAAUAUUUUUUAAAUUUUACCAAGAAGAAGCUCUUUGAGAUUAAACGCCCUCAAUUUCUGUAGUUUUCUGCCUAAAACAAGGUGCAUCAUAGUUAGGGAAGCUUAGAAGUAGCGAUACAGGCAAUCAAAAUACAAGAAAUAUGAUGAUCAAACAAAAUUAAAGGACAUAAAGUGGCUGCAGAAACAAGCAGAUGUUUGUCAAAAUCAUCUACAGCCACAUAUUUUUAAGGCAGAACAUCCCCACUGACUUUUGGAUUCAUCUAAAUAUAUAAACAACAAAUUCUUGGACAGAAAAUAUACACCUCACAUAUUCAAAAGCAUGUAACCCCCACCUUAAGGGUUUUAAACAUUUGGUUAUCUAAUGUACAUGUCCAAAAAGGACUGAGAAGAAGUACAAACAUGAUCUAACCACCCUUUUCCUAUCAGUUACUAUAAAUUGAAUAUUCUGCUUUCCCUGUAAAUACAAUCUCAAUUCCACAAGAGUUGGGACACGGCACCAAGUGUUGGUUAUGAAAAAACAACCGAUGGCUCGCAAAUCAUUUACCCCAUGGGUGCAAAGAUGCUGUCUUUUGAGCUGUGUGUGGAUAAUAAGUUAGGUGAUCCUUCCCCUAUUUAAAGUGGAAGAUGUAGCAUCCUUGAUUUCCAAAAGGAAUGUCAUGUGAUUUUGAGCCCCUGUAGUGAUUUCCACUACAGAGCCAUGUCUCUUAUUGAUAGUGCUGCCUGCAGGUUCAAGGAUCACAGCCAUUUGACCUCAGUUUUCAUGUCCUUUUUUUUGUACAGAGAAUUCAUUUGUCAAUAAUUUGCAAAAUAAAUGUGUAGUUGUCAAAAUUGUGAUUGUUGUCUCUGGUUGUGAGAGCUAUUUAUGGGUCCAAGAGUCAAGUGACGCCUCUAGCCAUAAAAAAUUUCUGAUACGAGUUCCUUAUGCCGAGACCUUCAGGAUUUCUUGAAAGGUACAAAAAUCUGAAAGAGAAAUCAGCUGUAAUUUUCAGAGUUUGUGAGAGGCCUGCUUUUUAUCUAAAAAGCCUUACAUGGACGCAAACUGCAGAAACUUCUCCACACUCACUUGCCUUUUUAGUUUCAAAGGACUGAUGUUAAAGCUGCUGUUGUUUUUUCUCCUCCAGGAACUGGGAGGUGAGCCUGGUCCUUUAUCCAUCCACAGCAGAGGACUCUGUCUCCCAGUUUGUCCGACUCACACUGACUUUGACCCUCGAUCAGCAGGUACGCCUUCAAUUUAUCUUAUCCAGGAGAUCCUGCACAGAGAGAGCAGCAGAGAAACACAAGCAGGAAAUGACACCAAGUAUUUGUCAGUUAUUCUCGUCAAAAAAAACAACACUAUUACUGUAUCAGUCUGUCUCUCAGUCCUUUCCUUCCUGUAGCUUAAUGCUCAAACCUUUUUGGUUCCUAUAGAAGACAAUGAAUCUGCUCAAAUCUGACAAAUAAUUAGUUCUGUUUCAGGACUUUGAAAAUAUUUUCCUAAAACAGCUGAUCAAAAUAAUUUCUUUGAAACAACAACAAAAAAUAAGGAGCCAUAUUUCUCCCAAUGUAUUAGAUCAGAAAAAACUAAUAACAGAGUUUUGCUCCCUCUCUGUGUCCCUGUUCCAUGUGUUCAGUAUCCCUCCUCCUCUCCUACCAUCUCCAUUCAUAACCCUCGGGGGCUCUCUGAUGACAAGCUCAGCAGGUAACAAGCAAAGCUGCAGACUGAUCACAUCACCAUCUCCUGCUUAUGAAUUCUUAGUUUUGAUUUUAAAUUCUUGUAAUCAUGAAUACCUCCUUUUUCUCAGUGUCCAAAAGUGUCUGCAGCUGGAGGCUCAGUCCUCCCUGGGUUCACCAGUGUUGUAUCAGCUUAUUGAGGUAAGAUAUACCAGGUGAAUACAGUGUAUGAAUUAUAGAUCAGUAUACUGUAUAAUGGUAAUGAUCCAACAGGAAUCUUGCUAAAAGCCACAUUCAAAAAUGUCCUGUUUCUGUUUGCUUCUCCAGAAAGCAAAAGAAAUCCUGACAGAGAGCAACAUUCCUUAUGGAAACUGUGUCAUUUGCCUCUAUGGAUUUAAGGUAUGCUGCUUCCCAUCUUUUCAGGUUUCAAAAUACCUCAGAGAUUCAUUUUAAAAUGAAUACAGUCAAAAGUUAUUUUAGUCCUUGUAGCAAUCAGAUAACUCUAAUUAUGGCAGGAUCUAGGUCAAAGAAAAUACUGGAAUUCAUUUUCUAUGAGAUAUAAAGGCAAAAAUGUCCAGGAAAUAUUGACAACUUGAAUGAUAGCUUUCAUUGUCCAAAAAAAAAUUCUAUGUCCACAGUGAGCGGCAAAAUUGACACACACUGAAAGUUCCUCUCAGGAGCGUAAAAAGCAGCUUAAAUCAAUUCUUUUCUUCAAAUACUCCCAGAAAUGUUCCUGUUUUUUAGGAGGGAGAAACAUUUACCAAGACAAGCUGCUACCACUACUUCCACUGUCACUGCCUCGGCCGCUACGUCAGCCACUCUGAGAGCGAGCUGCAGCAGAGGGAGAAGGAGUUAGAGGAGGACAAGACCAGAGACCGAUCAGACCAUCAGGUCAGAGAUCAAUCUCACACUUCUGGACAAAGAAAUGUUUGUUUAUAAGCUUUUUCAUGACUGACACUCCCCACAGGAGCUGAUCGUGGUGUGUCCGGUGUGCAGAGAACCUCUGAUUUAUGACGUGGACCAGCUUCUGGCCUCCCCCGCACCUCAGCUACCAGAGGUAAAACCAGCUUCUGAUGCACAUUGUUACUACAUAGAAUAGUCAUUUGGAAGCUUGAAGUACAAUCCAAGACAUCUGUGAUUUUAGCGUCUGAACAAUCAAAACAUUUAAAGGCUUUCUGUUCAUCACUCAGCUGGAUGAAGCAGCCAUUGGUUCAAGUUUUCAACAGAAGUGGUGUGAACUCCAGAAGAUUCUGGAGAGACAGAGAUCCAAGGGUGGAAUCAUUGACCCUGAAGCGGAGUCAAAUCGUUUCCUUAUCCAUAUCAACGAGGUGAGCAUGAAUACUUAUUUUGACACUCUACAAUUAGAAAACAGAGCCCUCCUUAGAUCACUUUCAGCGCUGAACUUAAAGACGUAACUUUGAUCUGUGAUUCCCCCAGACUCCACCUGUGGCUGAAAAUGGAAAUCUGGAUGAAGAUGGUUCCCCUGCUCCCCCGCUACCCUCAGCUUCAAGUGUAACCUUUAAUGAAACUGGUGCCAGAGCAGACAGGUUUGCUCCUGGACAGUCCCACAGCAGAGGUGGGCAGGGCCAGAGGCAUCAAAACCACACGAGGGGGCAGAGGAGGGGAGGCAGGCACAGACCACAACAUGGAAGAGCCCCCAUCACAGAGCACCUGGACAAACUUUCUCUGUCCUCAGACGGCACUGAUGGACCAAACAAAGCCAAAGCUCAGGGUUACCAUGGUCAGCAGGUGCAAGUAGAGUUCUGUCAGUCAGAGACAGGCGGGCGAGUUCAUGAGCAAAAAGAGAGACCUGUGUGUCCAGGUGAUCACCCAGCAUACCAGGAAGCCUUUGAGGCUGGAUGUCCAAAAGAUGCUGCAGACUCAGUAGGCAGUCGUGGUCAUCCCGGGAGGAGAAGGGGUCCUCACAGACACACUGGAGCUCCGGGGCCUGCACACUACCAUUGGGAUGGACGAGCUCCAAGAAGCAGGGGAGGGGGCAACAAUCAGUACAGCAGGGGAGGGGGGCCUCGCCGGGGUCACGGCAGGGGUAACCACAGAGUGGUGGAGAGGGACAGAGGCAGAGAGGAGGUGCUAUGACAAAGGGCAACAGGAGGGCUGAUGAACAAGUGUAUGAGUGCCUCCGUUAUCAGUCUGCAUAGAUUAAAGCCCUGCACCAGAAAUGACAUUCAGUGUAGUGUCCUAUCCUGUUGUACAUCACUGUUCUCCUGGUCUCCGCUAUGCAUUCUCAUGCACACUAAUAUACGAUGCAGAUGGUUGUUGCUUUUUGUUGUGGUGCAAUAUGACUUGAAAGAACUACAAAUUAAAUCUUAUCUGGAUAUUA